AAAUUGUGCACAUGAUCACAGGGGGAGGGAGAGAAAGGGGGAUAAAAGUUUGAGCCCAGCAGCUUUCAAAAGGAGCAGUUCAUACAAUUCUGGGCAGAAACACUCAGGAAGAACUUUCUCUUCUUAUUUUUUUCCAGGGAAGCUGUCUUUUGGUUUCUCUCCUCUUUGUGGACUGUUAUUUCUUUAUUGGUGAUCUGGAGGACAGGACUAGAAGAUAAAGACAUUACUCUUGUCAGACAGACUACUUAAGAAGCUCUGUUCUUAAGUAAACACAUUUACUGAACCUUUUGUUAAAGAUGGAAGAUAUUGAAAAUUACACCAGUUUACAAGAGUUCACAGAAGAUAUCUCUCAUGGUGGAAACAGACCUAUACUCACAUCACAAGGCAAGCAAGGGGUUCACAAAGGGGCGAAGUGUUUGAGGGGACAGGCUUCUCUUGUACUGCUCAUUGCUCUAUUGACCUCGCUUUGCGCAAACAUAGUACUUGGCGUUCUCUUGGUAAACAGUCGCAGAUCAGAUGUCGCUGUAAAGCCAGUCAAGAAUGAUGAGUCUGAGUCUGCCUCUCUAACUCUCAAACUCACCGCCAUGCAGGAGCGUUUCUCCCGCCUUUGCUCUGUAUACACAACCCUUGGACAGACUUGUUCAAAACCGGUGAUCAAAUGUAGGCCAUGCCCAGAAGACUGGCUCCAUUUAGAAGGGAGGUGUUAUUUCUUUAGUGAGGAUAAACUUGACUGGCAGCACAGCAAAGAGAGCUGCGCAUCUAUGGGCGGCCAUCUGUCAAUACUGCACAGCCACCAACAACAUCACACACUUGAAAGUGUCGCACGCAGUCGUGGUGGAUUUGACUAUCAUUACUGGAUUGGUUUAUCAGACAUUGAGACUGAGGGAGUGUGGAAAUGGGUGGACAACACAGUGGUUAAUACAACGUUCUGGAGUGAAGGGGAUAAAGAGCCCAAUAACCACCAGUCAGGUGGGAUUCAUGGAGAAGACUGCGCAGUGCUGGACUCACGCUCCAAGACGUGGUUUGACGUGCCAUGUGAUUUCAGUUACAAACGCAUCUGCGAAAUGGAUCCUAUCACCAUUAACGUUUGAUUUGAAGACUAUAUAUAAAAAUGUAUCUCUAUUUUUCUAAUUGCUUUCAUUCUUUUUAAUAAACAGUGAAAUGGAAAUUCUCA